CAGCGUGUCAGGCUGAUGCGACAUGUUUGAAUUGCAGUUGCAUGCUUGAAACAUCUCUCUUUAACCAUCAGAAGCCCGAUCAAGUUGCUCUCGGCCUACCUCGUCCAGACAAGAAACAUGAAUCGAAUUGGACUUUUACCGUACUAGGUACACUCGUGGAACUCAGCCCAAGUGUUCAGCUGUUCAUCGGCACUUCCAAGUAUUGUGUUGGAAUAGCUUUCGCAUCAUCUACAUGCCCCGUCACUGGAAGAAUGGCUCGGUAGCAUACAUCUCAACCUGAACCUCAAUCCGACGCUCCCGAAACAACGCCAAACCAUCACCACCAACAACUCGACCUCCCUAUCGAACCGCAACCAUGCCAGCAGACUACAUCUCGACCGCGCAAGCGCUCUCCCUCCCCAUAUCCCCCUUCGAAACCUCCUCCCCUUCUCCGACCUCAACACCCGGCCCCCUCCCGCCCUGGGCCCGCACGCGCUCAGGAUCCGGCGCAAACCGCCGUCUUUCAACCCCGUACUCGCGCCCCACCUCCACCGACGCUCCCCUCGGCGCCCGCAUCCUGCAAACCUCAACGGACCUUGUGAAUCGCUCCUUGAAAGUCUACCUAUCUUUGUCUCCACUCCAACGAAUAAUCGCCAGCGUCGCCAGCGUCAUUAUCUUCGUCGUCAUUGUCUUGGCCCUCGUCUACUCGCACCGCAUCUUCGCGGCCCUGUCCCCCAUCGCAAAGGGAUGGCGUAACUUACCGGCCGGGUGGCUCCUUGUAGGCCUCAUGUCAUUCUGCACUGCGUUUCCGCCCAUAAUCGGAUACAGCACUUCUGUCACCAUUGCGGGAUUCGUGUACGGGUUCCCGGGCGGGUGGCCCAUCGUGGCAUGCUCUACGAUUCUCGGUUCCACAGCCGCGUUCUUUACGAGCAGGGGGAUAUUUAGUGGGUAUGUUCACGCGCUCGUGGGCACGGACAAGCGAUUCGUAGCUUUGGGGCACGUGUUGCAACACGACGGGGUGUUGGUCCUGGCGGCGAUACGCUUCUGUCCGCUGCCGUACAGUCUGAGCAAUGGGUUCCUGGCUACGAUCCCCAGCGUGAGCCUGCUGAGCUUCGCGCUCGCGACUGCCAUGGCGACGCCCAAGCUGCUGAUUCUCGUCUUCAUCGGGAGUCGGCUGGCGUUGCUGGCGGAGACGGGGGACGAGAUGACCGCGGGCGACAAGGCGAUCAACUACUUGAGCAUGGCGCUGUUUGGGGUCUUGGGCGUGCUCAUUGGGCUGGUUAUUUACCGCCGGACCAUGGCGAGGGCAGAGGACUUGGAUAGGGAGGACACGGCGAGAGGGGGCCGGGAUAGUGGAAUUAAUGAGUUUCAUUAUGAGGAUCUGGAAGAGGGCACUCUGGGAAGAGAGAGCGAGGUGGAUGCGGCGGCAUUGAUGGAUGAUGAUGACAUUUCGCUGUGGGAGACAGAUGGUGUUGAGCUUGAGUACCGGGAUGUGACGGAUAGAGACGCGCUUAGGGAUGGGGUGAAAGAUGACAGGGAACAGACAGACUUGUAAACAAAUGAAAGUCACUUGGCGGAGCCUGGACACUUGACACGGGAAUCGAAGCAGUUUGUAGAACAGUGAACCUUGGUUAGGAGGCACUGGGUGCUUGGCUAAGCUCAUACUCUCUACCUGUCAACUAAACAAUGCUCCCUCUGCCUACCGCCUGGACGGUUUACCCAACGGGCUAUGAUCACGUAGAUGACAUACGACUUGGUAGUCAUGGGAUGCGAGGACGAUCCGCUACGCAGGUAUGCCAAACCGUGGCAGCCUUUGCCCGACAAGCUCGAAUCAUGGCUGGAAUGUGAAAGCCAUGGCCAUGCAAAGGGUCCGACAUACCUAAGUCGAGCUGGGUAUGGUAAGUAGUAUCUUGUGGAUGAUUUAGACGCCUCGCCGCGGAUCGGUAUCGCUAUUUACUAAUGUCAUGUUGAAACCGCAAUAAGAGAGAC